GCCGGAGCGGAGCCCGAGAGUGGCGGCGGCGGCACCAUGACCCUGGGCAGUUGCUGCUGCGAGAUCAUGUCCUCCGAGAGCUCCCCGGCCGCGCUGUCCGAGGCCGACGCAGAUAUAGACGUGGUGGGCGGCGGCGGCAGCGGUGGGGGGGAUCUCCCAGCCCGCUCGGGGCCCCGCGCCCCCCGGGACGUGCUCCCCCACGGCCACGAGCCUCCCCCGGAGGAAGCCGAGGCGGACGUAGCGGAGGACGAGGAGGAGUCGGGAGGCUGCUCGGACAGCGAACCCCGAGCUCUAGCGCCCCGGGGGGCGGCGGCCGCGGCGGCGGGAAGCCCGGGACCCGGCGCGGCUGUGGCCCGGGGAGCGGCGGGGCCGGGACCAGGACCGCCGUCGGGUGGGGCGACGACCACGACGAGGAGCCCGCUGGUGAAGCCGCCCUACUCGUACAUCGCGCUCAUCACCAUGGCCAUCCUGCAGAGUCCCAAGAAGCGGCUGACGCUGAGCGAGAUCUGCGAGUUCAUCAGCGGCCGCUUCCCCUACUACCGGGAGAAGUUCCCCGCCUGGCAGAACAGCAUCCGCCACAACCUCUCGCUCAACGACUGCUUCGUCAAGAUCCCCCGCGAGCCGGGCAACCCGGGCAAGGGCAACUACUGGACGCUGGACCCGGAGUCGGCAGACAUGUUCGACAACGGCAGCUUCCUGCGGCGCCGCAAGCGCUUCAAGAGGCAGCCGCUCCCGCCGCCGCAUCCUCACGCGCAUCCCCACCCGGAGCUGCUCCUGCGCGGCGGGGCCGCGGCCGCGGGGGACCCUGGCGCCUUCCUCCCGGGCUUCGCCGCCUACGGCGCUUACGGCUACGGCUACGGGCUGGCGCUCCCGGCCUACGGCGCCCCCCCGCCGGCGCCCGCCCCGCACCCGCACCCGCACGCCUUCGCUUUCGCCGCGGCAGCCGCCGCGCCCUGCCAGCUGUCAGUGCCCCCGGCCCGGGCGGCCGCCGCGCCUCCACCCGGACCUCCGACGGCCUCCGUGUUCUCGGGCGCAGCCUCGGCAGCGGCUCCUGCGCCCGGCCCGGGGUCAGGCCCGGGCCCCGCAGGCCUGCCGGCCUUCCUAGGCACCGAACUGGGCUGUGCCAAGGCUUUCUACCCCGCGUCCCUGAGCCCUCCCGCAGCUGGCACGGCGGCCAGUCUGUCCACCGCCCUCCUGCGCCAGGGCCUCAAGACGGACGCCGGCGGCGGUGCGGGCGGCGGGGGCCCGGGGGCCGGGCAGAGGCCUUCCUUCUCCAUAGACCACAUCAUGGGCCACGGCGGUGGCGGGGCCGCACCCCCGGGGGGCGGCGAUGGCUCCCCGGGAUCGCCUUUCGCGACGGCCGCGGGUCCUGGGAGUCAAGCCCAGGUCCUGGCCAUGCUGACUGCCCCGGCCCUGGCUCCAGUCGCCGGUCACAUCCGUCUCUCGCACCCGGGGGACGCGCUCCUGUCCUCAGGGCCCCCGUUCGCCGGCAAAGUCGCUGGCCUCAGCGGCUGCCACUUCUGACUGCCGCGGGCUCAGGGCCAGCGCGGCCCGCACUCCUCAGCCUCCCCGGGGAGCUCCUCGGCCCCGGCGGAAUUCAGGGAGUCUAUUUAUGAAGAGUCUCCAGUCCUGAGGCGGCGCGCAGUGACCGGGCACUUCAGACUCCACGCUCAGAAUGUCGCCGAGAGUUGGGACGAAGCGGGCUCCACGGUCCAGGGCCAGAGCCCGGGUCUACGCAGAGAGGUCCGAAGCCGCGAUCGCGUUCCGGCGUGGGCAGCGAGAGAGAGAGAGAGAGGGUGGCGGGAAACCUUCGCCUUCCCCGGCCUCUGCCCGGUUCGCAGCCCAGGGAGAAUGCUUUUGCGGAAAUACGCCUGCUUGGACCCCGUGGAUCCCGCCAGAAACACCCACGGCGCUGAGAAGUCUCCCUUUCUUUCUCUUCCCCCUCUUUGCUUCCUCAACUUCGAGACCCUGCUGUCCAAUAUUAUAAUUUAAAGACAUCCAUUAUGCGCUCUGUGCUUAAAAGAAAAAUUCAACCCCCCCCCCGUUUUACUGUUCUCCAAGGAAGUUGCCUCCCUCCAAGCCUAAAGCAGUGUCUCCACAGGGGAAGCUGAACGGAGAGGUGAAACAGAGGUCUCCACAUUUUCUUGCAGAAACCACAAAGCACACUCCCCUGAGGAAAAUCCUUUCUUUCUGGUGUUUGGGUACUUCAAAAGGAACUUUUGCUCCCAGCCCUAGUCCUGGGGCUAGCUAUCCAGGGCCCACAGCCCACUUGGUCUUCUGUGUUGUCCCAGGCUCUGUGAUAUUUAUUGUAGUUAAAGGCAAUGAGUUUGGGUGGGAGAGGAGGGUCUGGGUCAGGGACUUGAGAGG